AUGCCAACCCACACUUCCAGCAAGCCCAAAUGGUGGCAGACCGCAACCAUCUACGAGCUCUACCCAUCCUCUUUCAAAGACUCCAACAGCGAUGGUAUCGGGGACAUACCAGGAAUCAUAUCCAAGAUCCCAUACUUAGCCUCUCUCGGCAUCAACGCAGUCUGGCUCGCAGCCUGCCACAAGUCCGGGAAGAUAGACAUGGGCUACGACGUAGUCGACUAUCGAGAGGUCGACCGCCAAUACGGGACCGUCGAAGAUCUGGAACAUUUGAUCGCAGAAUUGAACAGAGUCGGCAUAAAACUGAUCAUGGAUAUGGUUGUGAACCACACUUCCGACCAACAUGCGUGGUUCCAAGAGAGUCGCAGUAGUCUGACGAACUCCAAAAGGGAUUGGUAUAUUUGGCGUAAAGGCGGCCACGAUGAUUCGAAGGAGGAUGGAAGAAAGCAGCAUAUUCCACCGAAUAAUUGGGAAAGUAUCUUCACGGGCUCGGCGUGGACGUAUGAUGAAGGGACGGAUGAGUGGUAUCUUCGUAUCUUUUCCAAAGAACAACCGGAUCUCAAUUGGUCGAAUCCUGAAGUGCGUGAGGCAGUGUAUGAUGAGAUGCGAUUUUGGCUGGAGAAAGGUGUCGCGGGUUUUAGGUUGGAUGUCAUCAAUAUCAUAUCCAAAGCUGAGGAUCUGGAAUUAUGGAAUGCGGAGAGUGUGAAUGAGAAGGUAUUUGAGCAGCCUGCAUAUGGGCUUUAUUGUAAUGGACCCCGGGUUCAUGAAUUUUUGAGGGAGAUGCGAGAAGAGGUUCUCGAUCGAUACUCUGAACAAGAUGAGCGAAUGGCUGUUGGGGAGGUCAUUGUGACUUCGGAGCCGAAAGAAGUGAGGUGCUAUGUCGAACCGGGGAGGAAAGAGCUGAAUAUGGUAUAUCAGUAUGAUCUCUUCGAUGUUGACUCCGGUCUGAGUGGAAAGUUUAGUGCCUCUUUGAGUUCGAAAGAGGACAUCUUGAGGAAGGUGAAGAAGAUUGUCACAAAGUGGCAGACAGAGCUGGCUUUUUCGAAAGGUGGCUGGAAUACUGUUUGGCUGGAGAGCCAUGACACUGCGAGGUCGAUUUCGAGGUUUGGAGAUGGAAGCUCCAAAAAUCGAUGCAAGGUAGCAAAGAUGUUGGCAUUGCUGCAAACGACGCUCAGCGGGACGUUGUUCAUCUAUCAAGGGCAGGAACUUGGACUUGUCAACCUCUCAGACGAGAUCUCGAUCGAAAAAUACCCUGAUGUAGAGACGAAGAAAGCCUGGGAGGCGUGUUAUCGUUCUCGUCGUCUUGCACACUCUGCUGAGGACUACUCAGACGUUGAUAUGUCCGAUUUUGAAGAGCAAAUCCGAAUGAAAGCCAGAGAUCAUGCCAGAAUGCCUUUACCGUGGACGUCAGCAUCUUCAAGACCGAACGCUGGAUUCUCGGACGCCGAAGAAGGCCAUACGUGGAGUCCUAUGAACACAGAUUCGGAGAGUUGUAACAUUGAACAGCAAAACUCUGAUCCAGAUUCUGUCUUGAAUUUCUGGCGGAAGCAAAUAUCAUUCCGACAGAAACAUCCCGAGACGAUGAUUUUGGGAGACUUCGAAAUCGUCAGUCAUGAUGAAAGGCUUGAUGAUGAUGAUGAAUACGAAGUGAUGGCGUAUUGGAAGAAGCCUAUAUUAACAAGGAAUGAGAGUAAUGAAAAAGCCAUUCUGGUCAUACUCAAUCUGACCGGGAACGAAAAUGUCGUCUUUCCACUGCCGCCAAUUCCUGGCGGAGGAAAACACGAUGAUGGCAAACUUGCCACGUAUGUUUGGCUGGGAGGAACUGGAGAGGAAGGACGGUCUGUAAAUCACAGGGUGCUGAGUGAUCGUUCGGAUAUUGUUCUUGGAGCGUAUGAAGGAUUGAUGCUCGGAUACUCAAAGCGAUGA